GAAAGCAAAUUAUUAAUGUAAUCUCAUUCAUUUAAUGAGACGAUACAAUACAAAACUCAGGCUCACAAGAAGAUGCAGGAGCGUUAUUCUUGGCAAGCUUAGAAACUCCCGUUUCUUUUGUUUUUGCCAUUUUUAAAGAAAAAUCACAGGGUGUUUUAAAUUCUCUUCUUACAAACAUUCUGUGUUGGUUAGAGGUGUAGCGAGAUCUUGCACCACAUGACCUCGCGACAGACCAAUUUAAAGCUAUUACAAAUUGUAGCCUCUCACAAAAUGUUGCUUAGUUGCUUCAUUUUGAGUUAGAAAUGGUCAAAUGUAGUCCAGAUUCCUUAAAAAAAUGGUAGGAUUAUAAAUCAGAUGCCAACUUCUGUGUCAUUGUCCAGCCGUUGUGGACAACAUCUAUCCUGCAAUAAAUCAUUUAUGUCUUGUUAUCAUUCUGCUAUCAAUAUUCCAGAUUUCAGGCAACCAAUCAUCUGUUUCGUCACAUCAGGACAACUCAAGAACUACUUAUUUUCUAAUAUCUGAAUUAGAGUCUCAGUUCAGGUCACAGGGUGUCAAGCGUAAAGCUCUCCUAUUAAAGCUUAUACUAAUAGCAUAAACUUAAUUCAUCAGAUGUUACAUGCUGUCAACAACCAAUAUUGUCAUGUUUUAAGAUUUCAAAUAUUAAGUAUUCCAAGCACACCUAACAUUCACUGGCAUGUGGAGUUGGUGGUAGGUCUUCCUAAAUAGUGAGAAUUCUGAGCAACAGUGUAUUUUUUUCUGUUUUUUUUUUUUUUUUUUGUGGGGUAGCUGUUUUCUAGAUAUCAAUAUUCUAACAUGUUGCAACACAUAAAAAGAAACUAAAGAACACAAUGCUCUUCUGAGAGCAGUUACUUUUCUAGUUGUUACUGCCGUCAGUAUCAAUGUUGGUUGGGAAACUCCAGAACUUUCUGUGAUUGUGAUCUUUACCAAGUUUGGCACAAUCUGAAAUUCACACCUGCUUGUUUAAUUCUGAACUUUAGUAAACACAGUAACAUUCCAUAAAACUGCUACACUGCAUCAUGAAUGGUGGCGAAGGACAGACUCCACAGCUUAAAUAUCUAUCAAUUAAACAUCUGUCUUCUGAUGUAACAGUCUAGGAGAUUACAAAAUAUUAACAGCCUUUACCUUCACCACGCUGUCUUUUUUAAACAGGCAUGCUGUCCACCACUGACCUACUCAAUGACCACUUGCUGAGAAGCAUCUCACCAUCUAACCUGCUCCUUCCACAAGACUGAUUUUGCUGAUCCGGCCACUACAGCUUGUGACUUCUGCAGAAGAUAGUAUGCUGCAUUUGUUCAGUUCAGAUUAAAGCCAUGUGUUCUCUUUAAGACAAAAUCGCUGUUUUCAAUCAUUUUGCUGAAAGACAUGGCCCAACAGAUGAAAAGCCCAAAAAGCAAGAAGUAUACUGGGGCAGCCGGGGAAGUUGCUUGUGACGUCUGUACCGAGCCGAGGCUAAGGGCUGAGAAGUCCUGCCUUGUGUGCCUGGUCUCAUAUUGUUCAGCCCACUUGGAGACUCAUUUUACAGCUAAAAGGCUGAGGGGCCACAAGCUGGUGGAACCGGUGAACAACCUGGAUGCAAGAGCCUGCCUGGCCCAUGGACGACCACUCGAGCUGUACAGCAGGAAGCUGCAGAUGUGCAUUUGUGUGCAAUGUAUAGAAGGAGGUUGGGAGGAAGUUGUCUCAACUGAAGAGGAAUGGCAGAAGAAGAAGGCUCAACUUGAGAGCACCAAGAUGGAGUUACAAAAGAGAAUAAUGAUAAGAAAAACAAAGAUGGACGAGGUCAAUAAGGCUCUGAAGAGUUGCAAGGAGCAGCUUAACUGGUGGGAUACUGAGGCUGUGUUCACAGCUGUGAUUGCUAUAGUGGAGGCAGCCAAGGCAGAAGUAGCGAAGCCACUAAAAAUCAGGAGGCACGUACUUGAAAAAGAAGCAAAACACCUCAACGAUCAGUUGGAAGCGGAAAUCAACAGACUUGAGUCAACAGUUGCCGAAAUGGACAACAUUUCAGCCCUUGAAGAUCACAUCUAUUUCUUACAGAAGUACCCUACUUUUUCAGUCCGGGAUGAAAUGAAAAACUGGACUAAUGUGGAUCUCGACACCUCUCUGUCUUUUGGCUUCACGAGAAAAACCACAGCAACUAUGAUUAAAAACAUUGAGCAGGAGCUGGAGAAGCUGGCGGGCAUUGAACUGAAGAAACUCCCGAAGUUCACAGUGGACAUAAAGCUGGAUCCAGACACUGCACACCAACACCUCAUCGUUUCACCUGAUGGGAAGGCAGUACAAGAUGGAGGAGAAAACCAGGAAGUGGCUGAUACUCCUCAGAGGUUUGAUGUGUUUGGCAGCGUCCUUGGACUCAACUCUUUGACGACUGGGAAGUCGUACUGGGAGGUGGAGGUCAACAACAAGACUGGAUGGGACCUAGGAGUAGCCAGAGGCAGCGCCGACCGUAGGGGAAAGCUCUCACUGAACCCAGAUAAUGGUUACUGGGUUCUGGUCCAUUAUGAGGAGGAGAAUUACGCAGCCAUGACAACACCUCCCAUCAGCCUUUCCCUUGAAGAGAAACCCAGGAAGGUUGGGGUGUUUGUGGACUAUGAGGACGGUCUCGUCUCCUUUUAUGACGUGACGAACCUGUCUCACAUCUACUCAUUCACCGAGUGUUCGUUUAGAGAUGAGAUCUAUCCUUACUUCAGCCCGCACUUUAAACAGGAUAAGAUGAACUCUGAGGCUUUGGUGAUUUCUACUGACAGACAUUCAGAAACUGAUUAAGGACGGACAAGUUUUUCUCUUCAGGAUAUUUGGGGGAAAAAUUAAGGACAUCUCCCAAGAUCUUAGAGUUUCAGAGUUUGGUUUGUAUUGUUUUCUUUUUUUAAGGCAACAAACUUUAGUGGAUGUAAAAUCACAUGGGGCCACUAUGUAAUAUGGAUCUGUGGUCUGCCGAUAACUCUCCGGUAUUGUCAAUCCUCUUAAAUCAAUGUGACUUACAGGUUUCACUUUUUAUAGGUUUUUAAUCUUAGUUCAGUUAAC